UGACAGAGAAGAUGGGCGGAGCGGAAGGAACAAAGCUCGACGUCGACUUCAUGGACAUGGAGAGGAAAACGGACGUCACGUACGAGCUGGUGGAGGAGUUACAGAUGAAAACGAAAGAGUUCCUUCAACCAAAUCCAACGGCGAGAGCGAAGAUGGCGGCGGUCAAGGGCAUCAGCAAGCUUAGCGGCCAGGCGAAAGCUUCGACUUAUCCCCAACCGGAAGGUGUUCUUGGGGAUUGCAUGCUUAUUUAUGGCAAGAAAUUGGGCGAGGACAGUAUUUUUGCUCAGGCACUCGUUGAAAUGGGCGAGGCGAUGAAGCAGAUGGCGGAUGUGAAAUAUUCGCUGGACGACAACAUUAAACAAAACUUCUUGGAGCCCCUGCACCAUUUGCAGACUAAAGAUCUGAAGGAAGUGAUGCAUCACCGGAAAAAACUUCAGGGACGAAGGCUGGACUUCGAUUGCAAGCGAAGACGUCAGGCGAAAGACGACGAGAUUCGUCAAGCUGAGGAGAAAUUUGCUGAAAGUCUUCAUCUGGCACAAUUGGGCAUGUUCAAUCUCUUAGAGAACGAUGUAGAACAAGUGGCACAGUUGGCGACAUUCAGUGAAGCUCUUCUGGAGUACCAUCAACAGUGUACUGAGAUUCUGAGAACACUAACAGAGACGCUCUUAGAGAAGAAAGACGAAGCAGCGAACAAGCCAAAGCUGGAGUUCGUGCCGAAGACCUUAGCUGAUUUACACGUUGAUGCAUUACCCACAUCGGAUGCUAUGAACGGUGGGAACUUCUCCCUUCACGGGGCAAGUCGAGCUGGGUCUCCGAUCCAUAUGGACGGGAAGCGCUCGCAGCUCGAGCUAUUUCCAGCCGGAAACCCGCCACAAUCUGCCAAUGGGCAAGAAACAUCUCCUUUGCCAUCUCCGAGCAAAUCGCCAGCCAGGACUCCGAUGGCAAGACAACCUUGCUGCACCGCUUUGUACGAUUUUGAGCCAGAAAAUCCUGGAGAACUCGGCUUUAAAGAGAAUGAUACAAUCACUUUGACCAAGAAAAUCGAUGAGAACUGGUACGAGGGUAUCUUGAACGGUCGCACGGGUUAUUUCCCAGUAACUUACGUGCAAGUCGUAGUGCCAUUACCUUAAGAGGACGCGGUGCGUCUCGAAACCAAAGACCCUGUAUUCGUUCACCAGCGUUUACCAUGAGAAUUAUCUUACGCUCCAAUUAGCCUAAAAAUCUCUCUGUCAAGACUAUUCUCUAUUGAAAUCACUUACGUUACGAUGCCCCAGGCUUGUUCGAAAUGAUGGAUUCCCAAGUUUUACACUAUUUUACUUGUUUCGUUUAUUUCCCUCUUGUCUCCAAGAAUAGCUCUAUACGCAUGUUAAUGUACAUAUAUAAUGUUAUAGUGUCUUUUAUCGACGUAAGGACCUUCGCGCGCGCAGAUAUAUAUAUAACACAGGAGUACACUACGAUUAAGUAUGAACACACACAUACACAUAAACAUACACACAUUAUACAUCAUGAAGUACCUACGAUGGCAGUCCACUGUUAAGGGCGGCUCUUGUUUCACUUUCUACGUCGUCUCAUGUGUCAUCUGUGUAACAUCGUCCGUUAGUUUUUCUCACCAAAGUUUAAUUGCACAAAGGUGUCAG